UUUUUCCCAAAGGCAUUAACCAUGACCAAAUUAGGCGGAACAGGUGUUCUUUUACUGGUUUUGAUUUGCUCAUCGCAAGGCUUGAAUCUUACGCGUGACUUCGAUGUGGAUGAGUCUGAUGCUAAGCGUUUGGUUCCGGAGCUGAUUCAGCAUCAUGGGUAUCCGGUUCAAGUUCAUCACGUCGCAACGGAAGAUGGUUACGUGCUGGAGAUGCAUCGGAUUCCGGGUGAGCCGGGUAGUCCAGUUGUGUUUUUGAUGCACGGACUUUUGUGUAGUUCAGCGGAUUGGGUCAUCAUUGGGCCCAAGCACGGCUUAGCCUAUCUUCUGGCCCAAAAAGGUUUCGAUGUGUGGCUGGGAAAUGCUCGAGGCAACCGAUACUCCAGGAGGCAUAAAACGCUGACCCCGAAUAUGUUCGCCUUUUGGCAGUUCUCGUGGCACGAGAUAGGAUACUACGAUCUACCGGCCAUGAUCGAUUAUGUUCUGGAUCUUACGGGGCAAGGGAAGCUACAAUACGUCGGCCAUUCUCAGGGAACGACGAGUUUCUUCGUGAUGACUUCAACGCGUCCUGAGUACAACGAGAAGAUACAUCUGAUGCAGGCUCUUGCUCCAGUGGCCUUCACGAGUCAUAUGAGGAGUCCUCUGCUACGAGUGUUAUCCGUGUUCCAAGAAACCCUAACCAUACUGUUCGAAACCUUCGGAAUUGACGAAUUCAAACCGAACAAUAGUAUUCUCCAUGAUAUAGCUCGACUGUUUUGCUCUGGAAGUGUUACAAGUAAUCUGUGCUUGAACGUUCUUUUCCAAUUGGCAGGAGCUGAUCCCGACCAGGUCGAACUGCAAAUAAUUCCCCUCCUCGUUGGUCACACACCUGCGGGUGCAUCGACGAAGCAGAUUGUGCACUACGCUCAAGGAGUACGGACGGCACAAUUUCGGCGGUACGAUUUCGGUAAAAUCAAAAAUACAUUCAUAUACGGCCGGCCGGAGCCUCCGGAGUACAACCUCACGGAAAUACGGACACCGGUUGUGUUUCACUACGGCUUGAAUGAUUAUCUUGCUGAUCCCGAAGACGUACUGCAGCUUGGCCGCGCACUACCGAAUCUCAUUGAACACCGGCAGGUACAGCAUAACACCUUCAACCAUCUGGAUUUUCUCUUUGCCAAGGAUGUUCGGGAGCUACUGUAUGGGUAUAAAUCGCUGACUGCUAUGAUUUCCAACAUGUUCUCAUCAUUUAACUACACACAAAAAAAAAGCAUAGUAAAAUUACUAAAUCCGUGGUUUAAACGAACAACAGGCGACCAUAUUUUUGAGUCAAAUAUGUUUUGUUGUUUAUAAUACCUUACGCAUAGCUAUUUUACCAUGUGCUCAAUUUGGCUGCGCAUAGUAAAUUCGACUGCGUUUUAGUAAAAUUGUCAAUGAAAUGAUGCAUUGUUUUACUUCGUCCCUAGUAAAAUUAAUAUGUUUCAUGAUGAAACUAGUAUGUGUUAUGAUAAAGAUUAGGAGGAGCGAGGAGCUUGAUUUAAAUAGUAGAAUUACUAUGUAUGUUUGUUUGUUUAUUUGCAUGCAUGCAUUAUGACAUUAUUUGAAACAUGAAAAUUCACACUUCCGACACACGUCGGUCAAUGUUAGUGUGUUCUCCCGAUGCUCUGGAAUGAUUUUCAAAGUUAUGUAACUAUAAAGCAGCUCAAAAUUAGUUUUUUUACAAACGGGUUUGAUGAUUAAUGAUCCUGAAUUAGUGUAAACAACAAGAAUGUUUACCAUAGUAAAAUUAUCAUAAGCACUUAUGUUUUUGAGUCAAAUAUGUUUUGUUCUCAAAAGUACGAUGUGCGUAGUAUUUUGUUGAUAUGAAUUGGUGCCACAAUGUCAAAAUUACUAUGCGGACGGUAGUUGUGAUAGAAAUUAUGAUGAAAUUAUCAUGACCAUAGUAUUUUCGACAACAAACAUUGAGAGUUAUCGGCAAUUACCAGGUACAUAGUAAUUUGAAUAUUAUUUCAUGCGCACUUUCACAAAAUCGAUGUUCAACUUUUCGUGGUUGAAAAUACUAUAGCGCUGAAAUGGUAAAAUUAUCAUGACAGCGUCUUUGGGAUGACCACUCAAUUUUUUUUCCGUGUAUAGGUUUAGUUAUAAUUUAUGGAAUAUGGAAUUUAGAUAUUUUUCGAAAAUCAGGACAUUUAACAGACAAUUUUUCAAAAGCAGGACUUUCAAGCGUUUCUAAAAAUCAGGACGGUCUCUCGAAAAUCUGAAAAAAAAACCUGAUAAAUUAGGAACGCUGGCACUUCUGAUCGUGGGCCACAUUUUUUGGGUUAUUAUUACACCAUUAUUUAAGUGUUUUUAUACACAUUCAGAAAAUACGUUUAUCCUAUCUGUAAAGUUUUCUCAUGCCCAAUGAAAGGUUAUGAAAAAUAUUUUGUCCAUUUUUUCCAAUGCGAUGGAGACGAACAUAAAUCCUAUAUAAGGAUUUUUUCUGAAAUGUUCGCCAGGGGGUUAUGAUAAUCGCGUUAUGAUGGGGGGCUAUGAUAAUCGCGAUCGCCUACCCACCUUUAAGAGUUGGGAGGACAGCAAAGAAGAACAGCGAGUUGAGAGGACAGCUGUUAGAAAACAAGGCAAGUCUGGGGACAGCCUACCUAUGGGAGUUGGGAGGACAGCAGAGAAGAACAGCGAGUUGAGAAGAUAGCUGUUGGAAAAAGGCGAGUCGGUAGGACAACCUAUCUUUGAGAGUUGAGAGGACAGCAAAGAAGAACAACGAAUUGGAUAACAGCUGUUGAGGAAAAAAAAUGCUAUUGCGAGUUUUGAAGACAGCAAAAAAAAAGCAAAACGCACUUUAUCUUUUCUGGAUCAGAUCUUUUUCUUUUCAAUAAAUCUCACAGUACAUUCCCUUCAGACCGGCUAGAAGGAAAAC